AUGGCCCUUCCCCGCGCAAUCCGCCAAAUCGUUCUGGCCAUCGAACAAGCCGAGGGUGCCGGGGCCGGGUGGACGCAUCGCACAGUCCCUACCGAAGGGUUGGUGAAGGAAUUCCACAACGUGGUCUUCGACCAGGGCGGAGAUUAUGUGGAGGCCUCGGUGCCGGACAAUGCCGAAUCGGAGUCCAGGUUCAUUCUGGUGGCUGGUCAGCCGCUAGACCAGAAGGUUGUGCAGUACGGUCCGUUUGUCUUGACCAGCCAGGAAGAGGUUUACCAGGCGAUGGUUGAUUAUCAGACUGCGUCGAACGGAUUCGAGAGAGUCCGUGGGUGGGAGAGUGAAAUCGGCAAGAGAAUGGCGUUUUAG